AAUUUGACCGGUUGCAGUAGUCUGCACUGAAUACAGGAAGUGAGAAUCGAUUGGUGAAGCAGUUUAUUGCAUCACAGAUUAAAUUGCAUGGAAGGCCAUUAGUAUACAGUGAACAUUUGGAAGGAUAUUCUGUUCAAAAACCCGAGUGAAUGUCAAAUAAAAAGAUGGCACCAAAGCGUCCUGAUUAUGAGGGUUCAGAUGGAGAGUCAUAUGGUAAACCAUCGAAACGUUCAAGAAUGAUGGAGAAAGACACAGAUGAAUAUCUCAAAAGGAGAGAAAGAAAUAACAUUGCUGUUAAAAAGAGCAGGGAACGUUCAAGACAAAAAGCCAAGGAAACAAUUGAGCAAGUGAAUAGGUUGAGGGCAGAAAAUGAAAUGUUGGAACAGAAAGUUGAAAUUCUUUCAAAAGAACUUAGUGUUUUAAAGGACUUAUUUUUGGCUCAUGCCGGCAAUGUUGCCCAGUCAGAGCGUGCCAUAGAAGCAACAGAAUCAAGAGCUCCUAUUCCCGAUCAUCAGUACAGCUCAUCAAAACAAAAACAGUGACUCUCAUUUUCAGUGGGUACAAAUAUCGUUAGUGCUGUGACCCUUGUUGUUAGAGAUAUUUCAGCAAAAAAUCAUAUUCUGUACAAUACACAGUCUCACAGUGCUUCAGUUUCAUACAUUUUAGUUUCAUUCAAACGAAUGAGGAUUGUGUUACUGAAUAAAUUUCUAUGUCUUUACA